ACAGCUCUAGGAAGCACGCUUUGCGGGUGUGUGGGCAAUGCUCCGCUGGGCGCGAGCGUGGAGGGUCCCCCGUGGGACACUUGGUGCCUCCUCUCCCAGGUGCUCGGUGGUGCCUAUAGCGUUCAAUAGCCGAAGUGGCCAAGGAAUCGCCGAUCCCAGGCCGUUGCCGCUGUCCUAUACGCUUCUAGAUGGAGAGGCAACACUCCCAGCCGUCGUCUUUUUGCACGGACUCUUUGGCAGCAAAACCAACUUCAAUUCUAUCGCCAAGGCGAUGGUUAAGAGGACCGGCAGGAGGGUGCUGAUGGUGGAUGCCCGGAACCAUGGUACCAGUCCCCACAGUCCAGAUGCAAGCUAUGAGGCCAUGAGUCAGGACCUUCAGGGACUCCUGUCACAGCUGGGCCUGGUGCCCUGUGUCCUCGUUGGUCACAGCAUGGGAGGAAAGACAGCCAUGCUGCUGGCACUACAGAGGCCAGACAUUGUGGACCGAUUGGUGGCCAUAGACAUAAGCCCAGUAGGAACCACACCAGGAUCAUACCUUGGGAACUUUAUAGCAGCUAUGAAGGCCGUCCAUGUCCCAGAGAAGGUGCCACACUCCCAGGCUCGGAAGCUGGCCGACGAACAGCUAACCUCCCUUGUCAAGGACCCAGGUAUUCGCCAGUUCCUACUCACAAACCUGGUGGAGGUAAACGGGCACUUCUCCUGGAGGCUGAACUUGGAUACUUUAGCUCAGCACUUGGACAAGAUUUUGACCUUCCCAGAGCUACGUGAAUCCUACCGAGGGCCAACUCUCUUUCUGCUUGGUGGAAAUUCUAGAUAUGUUCAACCCAGCCACCACCCGGAGAUUAGGCGGCUCUUUCCUCAAGCCCAGAUCCAGACUGUGCCUAAUGCUGGGCACUGGGUCCACAGUGACAAACCUCAAGACUUCAUGGAUGCUGUCUGCAGUUUCUUGGCCUAAGAAGUGGCUCCUUGAAAGAACAGGCGGGGGAUUCUAGGCUUGGUGUCCAUGCCACCUGUCCCUUGCUUCUGCACAGAAAAACUAAGGUGGGAACUGAGAGGUCCCAGGGUACAGAGGGGCUCCAAUACUUUAAUGAAUAAAGACAGUUCCCUUAAA